UGGAAAAUAAUUUCUGGUACUGUAAAAGAGUUAUAUUUUAAAGUAACUAGUUUGAAAGAUGGCCAAAGUUACGAGUUCAGAGUAAGUGCCGUCAACAAAGUAGGUCAAGGUCAACCAUCUGCUCCAUCAGUUCCAGCUAAAUAUUCCCCGCCUGGUCCACCGUCUGCUCCCGAAGUCAGCAACAUUUUACCAACUUCAUGCACCUUGCAGUGGACCUGUCCUACGGACGAUGGUGGCUCCCCUGUCCUCGGCUACCAUGUUGAAAGAGCUCUAGUUUCUGAUGCUCCUUCAGGGCCUCUUAGAUGGAUAUCCGUCAACAAAGAAAUCAUUCCGGACACUAAACUUAAUGUAAAAGAUUUGGUGGAAGAUAAUAAAUACGUUUUCAGAGUAACUGCUGAAAAUAAAGUUGGUAGAGGCCAACCGAGUGCUCCAUCACAACCAAUGGUUGCCAAAAAUCCAUUUGGUAAGCCGGGAACACCGGAAAUGAAAGAAUCAACCAAAAGUUCGAUCGCGCUAACUUGGACGCCUCCAACAGACGAUGGUGGAAGUGAAAUUACAAAUUACGUCAUUGAGAUGAAGUUGGAAGAUUCAGUGAGAUGGGAGAAAGCCACAAACGAUAAGAUCAAGGACACUUUUUAUGUAGUAAAAGGACUUAAAGCUGACAAAAUGUAUGAUUUCAGAGUAGCGGCUGAGAAUACAGCCGGCGUUGGACCUUUUGCCGAAACUGAACAGCCGAUCCAAACUGAGGACAAAAUAGUUCCGCCAUCGUUAUCAUCGGACAAACCGCUGAAUGAACCUCUGGUGUUUAACGCUGGAUCUCAGUUGGGUGUUGAGUUGAAGUUUACCGGCUCCCCAACACCAUCCAUCAAAUGGCUCCUUUCUGAAGAGCCGCUGAAUGGAUCGCUGUUUACGGUCACACAAGACACCACUUCACUGCUUGCCAAGAAAUGCAGUGUUAAAGUUGCUGGUGUUUAUCGUGUUCAGGCAAUCAACGAAGUCGGAGAAGCCGAAAUGUCAUUUGAAAUCGUUGUGUUAGACAAACCUUCAGCACCUCUCAACCUCCAAGUAAAGAAAGCAACAAGUGAAUCAGCGGUUGUUACAUGGGAUGAACCUGAAUCCAAUGGCGGAAGUGGCAUCCUCAAGUAUAUCGUAGAAAAACGUGAAGCAUCAAAAAGCAGUUGGGUGACCGUGUCAUCAUUUAGCAAGGAAACCAUGCAAGCCACAGUUGACAAAUUGUACGAAGGCAAUCAAUAUUUCUUUCGCGUGUCAGCCGAGAACAAAAUCGGCGUGGGACCUGCCGCCGAAACAAACCAACCUUACGUCGGUGGACAUGGGUUUGUUCCCCCAGGGAAACCACGCAAUUUGAAUGCGGACGAAGUCACAAAUAAAUCAUGUCUUUUAAAGUGGGCAGUUCCAGAAUCAGAUGGAGGUUCACCAAUCAGUGGAUACCAUAUUGAACUGUUGCAACAGGGAGGUCACGGAGGAAAGUGGAUGAGGAUAACAAAAUCACCAGUCGCUGACCUUCAGCACCGAGUAACUGACCUUUCAGAUAAAGCAUCAUAUCUCUUCAGAGUGAUCGCAGUUAACAAAGCUGGACCUGGUGAGCCUUCA